AUGAGCAAUGUAUUCUGCGUUGCGUGGCGGGUUCCAUGCCCAGGGCUCCGGUCCCUGAGCAUGUCCCCGUCCAUUGCAAUUCCGCUCCGCUCCGCCUGUCGUGAUCCCGGCACUUCGCUCCCAUCACGGUAUUCAAACUAUACCAGCCGACAAUUUUUCGGAUGGCUUGCGCCAUUUACCCUCUCCACGGGACGUCCACUCUGUGUCGGAUCGAACCCACCUCCUUCAGUUGCGAUUCUUGCUAGACCAUUCUCAUCUACCCGUUAUUCGCUAUCCGACUCUACCCCUCCGGUUGAACAUGGCGCGCAGCUCCGCCCCGAACCGUUCUCUGCUGACGAAAUUAAAUCGAUAUUUGGAAAGGCAAAGGUUUCACCUAUAGUGGCUAACCGAGUUCUUGCCGUUCUACAAAGUAGACGUGAGGCCGGUACUCUGGAUCUCGAUCUCCCGGAAGACAUAACACAUUCGGUCCGCAAGCCUAGUCUCGAUGCAGCUCUCAAAUUCCUCCGCGCAAACUACCCACUCGACGAGGACGCAGCGAUCCUUGCCCGUAUUGAGAGGGAAGAAGUGGAGGAGGAGCAAAAGCUUAUCCACCGUGCGGAAGAGCUGGGAUUGUACAAACCGCAAAGUGGGACUUACGACGCUGAACGGGGCGAGAAGGAUGAUCCCUCUGGAAAGAGUGCUCUGUUAGAAUUUCGCAAGCGGAACGAGGCGCGUAUCCUGGAGCAAGAAGAAAAGAAGCGCCAGGAAUGGCUUGAGGGUGAACAACAAGACCUUGAGAUCCUGAAGCAGCAGGCGGAAAAGAAUAAGGCGCUUCAAACGUUUGAAAACACCACAGCUCUGGAAGCUCGACCGCGCGCCGACCCCCAGCAACGUCCGUUACUAGCCUGGAUUCAGAAACACCAUUUGCGUGGUAUGGAUAACAGCGUCGACGUAUCUCAAAUGACCAAUGCCCGCCGGAUCAUUCCAUCUUUGGCGAUAACGUUGCUCACCAUCAGCCUUGCCUACGUUUUUGCCCAGAACUACGAACCUCCGCUGAAGCAGGAUCGCAUGUUCCCCGACACCCCUCCUGCUGCUGCGACGGCCAUGGCCAUUAUUGGCCUGAACCUUGGUGUCUAUCUUUUGUGGAAGGUUCCACCGGCUUGGAGAAUGCUCAAUCGCCAUUUUAUUAUUGUUAACGCUUGGCCUCGCGCAACGAGUAUGAUUGGAAGUGUUUUUAGUCACCAGACGCUGAAACAUCUUGCGUUGAACAUGGGUCUUCUGUGGUUUAUCGGAACACGACUACACGACGAUAUUGGCCGGGGUAACUUUCUAGCCUUAUACAUGGCAGCCGGUGCCUUGGGCUCAUUCACUUCUCUUGCGGCACACACCUUGCUUCUCAAGGAUCUAGCCGCGACGUCUCUCGGUGCCAGCGGAGCAAUGUCAAGUCUUGUCGCUGCUUGGUGCAUGCUCCACUCAAAGUAA